GAGAAAGUGUGUGAGGGGCUUCAGGGGAGGAGAAAGUGCGCGCCCGUGGAGGGCCGUUCACUCUUGGUGGGGAGGAGUAAAAGGUGACUGGUAGCUGCCUGGGUCACAGACAAGGGAAUUAGACUUCACGGCCGAGAGGCGGGGUUAACAAAAGAAACGGCUGGUGGUUCGCUACUGAGAGAAUCAGAUUUUUGGUCCCGUUGAGUCUCCCUCGCCAUGUCUUCUCACAAGACUUUCAGAAUCAAGAGGUUUCUGGCCAAGAAGCAGAAGCAAAAUCGUCCCAUUCCCCAAUGGAUUCGUAUGAAGACUGGCAAUAAAAUCAGGUACAAUUCCAAGAGGAGACAUUGGAGAAGAACCAAGCUGGGUCUAUAAAGAUUGCACAUGAUAUAAUGGCACGCAUAUUUAUGCUGUAUCAAGGUCACUAUCAUCUUACCAUAUCAAGUUGGAAAUGUCACUAAUAUCUGGACAGACACAUUUCACUGGAAAAAGUGAUUCUUCUCUUUGUUUAUAUGCUCUGUACUAAUAAACUGGUUCAGUAAUAAA